UGUCUACAGGAACUAUCCAUGCAGACUUCAGCCGGUGAUCUGACGAGUCACAUAUAGGAGCAACCGGAGCUUCUCCUCUUUCCUCUCCCCAUCCCUUCCCUCACCCCUCCCUCCCCCUUUCCCCGUUUCCUCGUCACUCUUCUUCCUGAUUUCCCCCCCCCCCCCCCCCCCCCAUCUGCUCCAAGAUUCACCAUGCUCAUUAAGGAGUAUCGCAUCCCCAUGCCCCUGAGUGUGGAGGAGUACCGCAUUGCCCAGCUCUACAUGAUCCAGAAAAAGAGCAGAGAAGAGAGCUGCGGUGAAGGAAGUGGGGUGGAGAUCCUUGAGAAUAAGCCCUACACCGAUGGACCAGGUGGGGUGGGUCAGUAUACCCAUAAGGUCUACCACAUAGGCAUGCACAUUCCUGGCUGGUUCCGCUCCAUCCUGCCCAAAGCUGCUCUGAGGGUUGAAGAGGAGUCCUGGAAUGCCUACCCUUACACCCGAACAAGAUACACCUGUCCAUUUGUUGAGAAGUUCUCCAUCGACAUUGAGACUUACUAUAAGCCUGACACAGGCAACCAAGCUGAUGUCUUUAACUUAUCUGCAGCAGACAAGAGGCAAACAACUAUCGACGUUAUCGACAUAGUGGCAGAUCCCAUCCCCCCACAUGAGUACACUUCAGAGGAGGACCCGAAGCUUUACGCGUCAGCCAAGACCCAGAGGGGGCCCCUGCAGGAUGACUGGAUAGAGGAGUACAAAAACAACCCAGGGAAGACUCCCAUCAUGUGUGCCUAUAAACUUUGCAAAGUGGAGUUUCGCUACUGGGGCAUGCAGUCCAAGAUUGAACGCUUCAUUCAUGAUGUUGGGCUCAGAAAGGUUAUGGUGCAUGCCCACCGGCAGGCCUGGUGCUGGCAGGACGAGUGGUAUGGCCUAACCAUGGACGACAUCAGGCAGCUGGAGCUGGAAACCCAGCUGGCCCUGGCCAGGAAGAUGGCCAAGUUUCUCCAUGGCGAGGAGCUCUCCGAAUCCAACGGAAGCACAGUGUCUCCAGACAAAGAGCAGGAGGCCAAAGAGGCAAUCAGCUCUAUCGAGGCAGAGGAAACGGCCACCAGAUCAGUAGAGACUCUGCAGCCUCGAGGCGUCCUCACCAAGCAGUGGUCCACCUCAUCCAGAUCCUCCCGCUCAUCCAAGAGAGGAGUGAGCCCAUCGCGUCACAGCAUCUCAGAGUGGAGGAUGCAGAGCAUAGCGCGCGAUUCAGACGACAGCUCGGACGAGGAAUUCUUUGACGCCCAUGAGGAUCUCUCGGAUGGUGAGGAGGUUUUCCCAAAAGAAAUUGCCAAGUGGAACUCCAACGACUUCAUGGACAAGAUUGAAACUGUGGACACGGAGGAAAGUCCUGAGAACUUUAAGGAAAUGAGCGUCGAUUAUGACAGAGCAUCGAGCGAGGACAGACUGGAUGAGAUGCGUGACUCUCUUAGCGGCCAAGCCGAUAGCUCUCCUAUCCCCACCAUCACGGUAACGAGGCACCAGUCAGAGAGCUCAUCUCAGCAGAGUCUGCAGCCUUCCAAGAUCCACGUCUUGAUACUGGUUCUGCACGGAGGGAACAUCCUGGACACGGGCGGAGGGGACCAGAGCAGCAAGCAGGCUGACGUCAACACCAUCAGCACGGCGUUCGACACAGUCAUGCGCGUUCACUACCCCGCUGCGCUCGGACGCAUCGCCAUCCGCUUGGUGCCCUGCCCCGCCAUCUGUGCCGAGGCCUUCUCUCUUGUCUCCAACCUGAGCCCUUACAGCUAUGAUGAGGGAUACCUGUCCAGCAGCCAGGACCACAUCCCACUCGCAGCUCUGCCUCUGCUGGCCACCUCGUCUCCACAGUACCAGGACGCCGUGGCCACUGUCAUUGUUCGCGCCAACCAGGUGUAUUCCGACUUCAUGAAGUCUCAGGAUGGAGCGACCUUCUCUGGCCAGGUUUGCCUCAUUGGGGACUGUGUGGGAGGAAUAUUGGGGUUUGAUGUUCUCUGUAACAGCACCCCCACGGUAAAUGAAAGCCAGAACAGCAGCCGCAGAGGCAGCGUCAUCAGCGUGCAGGACCAGGACCUUCUCUCUCCCGGCAUCAUCGUCAACAGCGGACAUGGGUCAUCAUCCCCAACACUGGAGAGCAGCCGCCACCUGAGUCGCAGCAACAUUGAUAUUCCUCGUGUCAGUUCAAGCGAUGACACCAAGAAGCAGCUGCCACGCAAGAGAAGCGACUCGUCGACCUACGAACUGGACACAAUUAAACAACACCAAGCUUUUCUGUCCAGUUUGCACUCUAGCGUCCUUAAGAGCGACGCAGCGUCCCGCAGGUCGAGCAGCAGCACCAUGCUGGACGGAAGCUCCCUGGGGAAGUUCGACUUUGAGGUGUCGGACUUUUUCCUGUUUGGUUCUCCGCUGGGCUUGGUGCUGGCCCUGAGGAAGACUGUGAUCCCUAUGCUGGAUGUGGCCCAGCUGAGGCCGGCCUGUCAGCAGGUCUAUAACUUGUUCCACCCGGCUGAUCCCUCCGCCUCCCGCCUGGAGCCUCUGCUGGAGCGGAAAUUUCACCUCCUCCCUCCUUUUAGCGUUCCCCGUUACCAGCGCUUCCCCCUCGGAGACGGAAACUCGGCCUUGCUGGUGGAGGCAGUCCAGAGCAACGCUCAGCUGCUACUUGAUAGCGGGCCCCCCCUGUCCUUUCGCUGUCAGGAGACCAUCAGUGAGACCUGCAUUCCUGUUCCUGUGCUAAACUGGCAGGAGAACUCCCUGAAAGCCACACCCGCCACCUUGGAGUCGGAUGUUGUUCAGUCUCAUGGUGGUGUCUUCAUGGACAGUCCGUACCCCUCAUCCCCCAUAAUGGGCCCCUUCUCCAGGGGCCAACGGAGGGCCAGUGAGAUCAGCAUUGCCAGCCAGGUCUCAGGAAUGGCAGACAGUUUCACUGCCACCAACAUAGCCAACACCAAAUCAGAGCAGAUUAACCAAUCCAAUAAGCUCAGUCUGUUCUCCCAACUUGCCCUAACAUCCCAAAACUUAUUAUCCAUAAAAAAUCCUCUGAAGUUCUAUAAAAAAGCCGAGGCUGACCUGACUGACGAAGAUCUGAGUUUUGAGACAUACUCAGGCGAAAGUCUAAGUUCCAUCUACGAGUACGAAAGCAUCCAAUCAUGCAGGCUGGACUGUGCUAUACACGACCUGGUGUCGCUGGACUCCCAAGCUGAAGUCGAUGAAGUUGCAGCGCGCUGGUGGGGCACAAAGCGCCUGGACUUUGCUCUGUACUGCCCCGAUGCUCUGACUGCCUUUCCCACAGUGGCUUUGCCGCACCUCUUCCACGCUUCUUACUGGGAAUCCACAGAUGUUGUAUCUUUCCUCCUGAGGCAGGUCAUGAGGCAUGAAAACUCCAGCAUCCUGGAGCUGGAUGGGAAGGAGGUGUCAGAGUUCACCCCCUCUAAGCCUCGGGAGAAGUGGCUCCGGAAGAGGACUCACGUCAAGAUCCGGAACGUGACUGCCAACCAUCGAGUGAACGACGCCGUGUUCCCUGAAGACAGCCAGCAGGUCAUCACAGGUCGCUUCAUGUACGGCCCUCUGGACAUGGUGACUCUAGCUGGGGAGAAGGUCGACCUUCACAUCAUGACCCAGCCUCCGUCAGGAGAGUGGGUGUUCUUCAGCACGCAAGUGACUCAAAGCAGCGGCCGCGUGUCGUUUAACAUCCCAGAGGAGAAGCGUCUGGGCAUCGGAGUCUACCCUGUGAAAAUGGUUGUCAGAGGCGACCACACGUUUGCAGACAGCUACCUGACUGUUGUCCCACGUGGCACAGAGUUUGUGGUGUUCAGCAUCGACGGGUCGUUCGCCGCCAGCGUCUCAAUCAUGGGUAGCGAUCCGAAGGUCAGGGCAGGAGCCGUGGACGUCGUCAGACACUGGCAGGAUUUAGGUUAUUUGAUCAUCUACGUGACGGGGCGUCCUGACAUGCAGAAACAGCGGGUGGUGGCCUGGCUGUCUCAGCACAACUUCCCACACGGCAUCGUCUCCUUCUGCGACGGAUUAGUCCACGACCCGCUCAGGCACAAGGCCAACUUCCUGAAAACACUGGCAGAGUCUAAUAUGAAGAUCUUCGCUGGAUAUGGAUCGACCAAAGACAUCUCUGUCUACAACUCCAUCGGCAUUCCUCCUUCUCAGAUCUACAUCGUCGGCAGACCCUCCAAGAAGAUGCAGAACCAGUGCCAGUUCAUCACAGAGGGGUACGCGGCCCACUUGUCCCAGCUGGAGUACAACCAGCGCUCUCGGCCCGCCAAGUCCAGCAGCGCGCGCAUGGUCCUGCGCAAGGGCAGCUUCGGCCUGGGCGCCAACAGCGACUUCCUGAGGAAAAGGAACCACCUGCUGCGCACCAUCUCCUCCCAGCCGGCGCCCAGCUCCCCGACAGGCAGCUUCCACAACCGGCCCGAGCGCACGCAGAGCCAGUCGGACAGCGAGCGGCUGGAGCGGGAGCGGCUGGAGCGGACCCACAGCCACGGCCCCGGGGCGUCGCAGCGCAGCAUGAGCAUCACGGCGAGCUGCUGGGGCCGUAGCGGCAGCACCAAGCUGGAGCCGUUCCCGUUCAACCCCAAAUGAGAGAGUACAGGCGCUUGGGAGGACGAGCGCAGAGACAGGAAACGCUGCGGGUUUGAACCAAGUGGGCGAAACGCCACCGAGGUGCUACAGACCACUUAUCAGCAAUUAAAUGAUUUUAGUGGAGACUGUGGCAGUUUUGUUGUUAUUGUUUUAAACCAGGCGAGUCCUCCUGAAGCCACAUGUUACGCAAACAUAAAUGAAUUUAAACUGUUUCUUCUGUUCAGCGAAUAUUUUUCGGCCAUGAAUAUAAGCUCAGAACUCCUCCUACAGGCUGUUAUACUUGACUGCACACAAUGAAGCGCCUGCACGACACAAGGGAGUUACUCUGAUUCUGCUCCGCGGCUGACAGAUGUGGCCAAAGCAAAGCACAGACACGGCAACAGAGACUCACCUUCUGUGCUGCAGAUUUCAAGCAUCAGCCCUUUUGUUCUGCAAAUCCGUGAAAGCAGAGCUGAGACUUGAUUAACACCGGGCCGAGCGCAUUUAUAAAUAAGUGUUACUCAUUUACCGAGAGUUGACGAAAAUGAAUCCAAGCCAAGCAGAAAUUAUUUAAGCAGACGCCUGAAACAGCCAAGACUAAAAGUUGUGCUCUCCAGUUUUCCUCGCACCACAACUCAAAAGAUUCCCGCAAAGCGAACACUGAACUGACCCUUUAAAUACGAUUAACGCCGGAUUUCUACUCCACCUGAUGUUUGGCUCAACUUUAGGAAAAACCUCGACUGUACAGCAACGGUGCCAAAAUAAGCAGUGUAGAACAAGAUGCUGCAUCUGAGCAGAGAGGAUCACAUAAAGGUCUUCUGUGUAUAAAAACAUGGAAUAAAUUGUGUAAGCGCCCGAACGAGGCCUGUACAUAGUUGUUACAUCACAGUGCAGAUCUGGUAUCUGGUCCACUGAAGACCAGUUUAAAGUGUCUUCUUUACUAUGAGGGUGACAUGAUUGAUAAUCAGUGCUAUUUAAUAAUAUAGCCAUGUUAGGGUUCAUUGAUUUUUGUGAACAAACUGGUGUUUUGAGCUUAAGUUUUUGCUAUGUUAUGUAUUUUUAUUUCUUCAAAAUUGAGUUCCAGCAGCCAAGAAAAAAAAAACAAAAACAAAAAAACGCAGAAAUCCUUGCCUGUAUUGUAUUUUUAUCAUUUCACCUUGCAGAUCACCAGGGUUGUAUCAGAACUGUUAACUUGUGUCAUAUAUAUGGGAUGUUUAAUAUUUGCCAUGUUUGGCCAUUUUGGAUUUCUGCUGUUUCCUCUCCCCCCCCUCCCUGGUUUUUACUGAGCUGUAAAUGAAACAUUGAAUGUGCUCUUAAAUAUCCCUCCCUGCGUCGCCGUCUCCCUCUCUGCUGCACCUUUAGAGGAAGACAGAGCUCCAGAUGUAAAUCCUGUACGAUACGUUGUGGAAACUAGGAACGCAGAGCCGAGAUGUGCUGUAUGAUGUUUGAUAUUUAUUUCUAAAGUUUAGUAAAUUUUCAUGCCUUUUUUUUUUUUUUUUUUAAAUAUAAUUACUUAUCCUUCUUGAGUUAUCUCCACACUUAUUGGCGCCUUUGGAAAAGACGUGUAAGGAGGAAACAAAACUUAUAAUAAACUUGUUUCUUGUAGAAGUAUAAUUUGACACUGGAAAAAUGAGAACACUCCCAACCUGUGUUUUCAGUUCAUCUAUUCGGUGUUUAGGCAGGGCUGGGGAAGAUCUCAUGUUAAGAAAUGUUUAUUUAAAAAUAAAAUGUCUGAUUUUUUUCUCAUGCCAAAUUCAAUUUCCAAUUUUGAAUCUUUUUUUCCCUCACUUUUUCUUUUACAAAUGACAGAAAGUAUUUUUCAAAACUGGCUUUUAUUUCAACCAUCUGUGCUGUGACUUGGCCUGAAUUAAAAAGUCCCAAUAAUUAGAGCCAGUCAAACAAGAUGGUAGCCUUGGGUGGGCUGACAUCAUUCCAACUAUCAAAACCCGAGGAGUGUUUUGGUGGAAAAAAAAUCCAGAUUUUCCUCAAAUUAAAUUGUCAAAACCCCAAAAUUCUGUUAAUCAAUAAAAUCGAUUUAAUGCCCCUACAAUUAUUUGCACCUUUAACAAUUCCUAAUAAUAGUUCAUUGUUCACUUUUGUAAGAUGAUCAGGGUUGUUGGAGAUCUCACACUGAGGCCUAAUUCGUCAAAAAAUCUGAAUAUUGCCCAUAUCUAUGCCAGGAAAAAAAAAAAAACCUCAUCCAAACUCUUGGUAUGCAGUGAUCUUCUGAAAAGUUAUGAGCGGUUCUGUUCUGCUGGUAAAAUACAACUUCCUUUUGCUUCAUUUGCUGAGUACCAAUGAGGGUGCAACAUAAAUAUUUCUCAACAUAGGAUUUACUUUCCCUGUCGAUGAGUAAAUGUUGUCAAAUUAAAGGUUAGAUUGGUGUGAUAGUAUUAAAGCAUUACGCCUCUCUACCAGGGGCUGCAAUAAGUGUGGGGCUCAGCGUAACAGGCAUGUUCAGAGCUGAGUGCAGUGGACCAAUGUUGACUCAAAUGUAAGGGAAAGUGUGCAAUACUGCCCUGAAGCACCACUGGAUCAAACAGACAUCACACAGUGCACUGACAAUCAGUCACCCCCCCCCCCAUCCCCCUGACCUCCACCCGGCACAUAUUUUACAGACGUCAACCUGCAGAAGGUUUCCCACAGCAGGUGAAGACGCUGCCAGAAAAUGCACAGGUUGCACAUUUUACAGUGUGGAGACUUCUCACAAUAAAGUGGCUCUGGCCUGAUAAAUGUGUCGGAUGUUACGGUUGGAUUCUUUCUACGGACACAGUUGGGGGGGCUUUUGUUGUGAUUUUUGUCGUUCAAGCACAGAGGCAUCUAUUUGCAGUCAGCACAGCAGAGCACGGCGUAGUUUAAUGAAACGUCUGUGAUUUAAACCCAGGUUCAUCUAGAUUGAAAUUAUACUGAACAGUGAAACAUUUGUCCAGCUAAUCCUCAUAUUUGGAUUGUUUUUUUUGUAACACAUAAUCCAACACGGAGCUGACAAACAUCCCUAGAGAUGAACAGCCCCAAGUAAGGUCAGCCAUGUUACUUUCUUUGAUGAAACGCCUUUAUGAAGACAAUGUAAAGGGGAAGUGCUGCAGAGAUCAGGGAUGUUUUUAUACCUGUGGGCAGACUGACUACCUGAACCCUGGCUUGUCCUUUUUUUUGUGUGUCUUUUUUGUCUUUAGCUGAUGGUUUUAGCCCCAGAAAGGAGGCUGUUCAUGCUGAAGCUGACAGCAUUAAGAUGUUAUUUUUCCAAAGCAUGAGGACAAUAAUUCAGGGUGUCCAGCUGUAUUAUGAGUGUCCUGCAUUUCUCAGAAGUGCCCCUGGUUCAACACUGUUGAUUUGAGAUGAAUGAAAUCAUGUUUUGCUGGCUUCAUAGACGGCUGCUCCAAGCACAGGAUAAAAUGCAGUUCUGUAGUUUACUCUGGUACUUGAGCCACGUUUUUCCCUCUGCUGCCAUGGGCAACUGUUCAUUAAAAAUCAUCUCUGGUUGAAUCAGAGCAACAUGUAAAACAUGCAGGACACCAAUCCUUAAAGAUGAACUACUUAAAACUACCUAAUGUGACAUAUUUAUUCAUUUUUAGGAAGUCUGUCUCUACCUUUGACCUGGGCUCAGUCUAAAACUAGCUCUGUGUCACAAACGGUUAGACUGUAUAUAUUUAUUUAUUUAUAGAUAAACUGGCAAAUGUAAGAAUUGUACAGGUCACAUAUCUUGUAGGAUUAUAUUUGAUGCUAUUCAUUCCCUUGUGAUUUUAUGAAGAGUGUAUAAAGAAAAUAUAAAGCA